AUGAAUUCAGUACAUCUUUCCACUGUCGACUCCAAACCCCCUGACACCUGUCCUUCCGGAUCAGACGAAAAGCCCGACCCUCUCUUCUCUUAUACCUCCGGUCGCUGGCUAUGGGAUGAAGCAUCCCAACUUUUGCAACGGUACCGGUCCUUUAAUGUCGAUGAGCUCAAAAAAGCCGCCGCCAGAUCCGUCAAUGCCAGAUCCUGCGUCAAGUUAAUCAAGUUCAAUGAGGAUGGAUAUUAUAAGACUUUCUUGUUAACAAUGGACAAUGGUGUGGAGGUCUUUGCGAAGUUGCCGAAUCCUUUGGUCCCCGAGAAGGUUGCAACAGCCAGUGAAGUUGCAACGCUUGACUUCCUUCGAAACGAGCUAGACAUACCCGUUCCUCGAGUCUUUGCCUGGAGUAGCAGCAAGGACCAACCUGUUGGGGUAGAAUAUAUCAUCAUGGAAAAACCUCCUGGGCAGGAGCUGACCAAUGUUUGGCCUACUAUGGAUCUUUCCCAUAGGAUGGAUAUUGUGGCCCAGUUGGUGAGUAUUCAAGCGAAAAUAGCUACUGUCGACUUGCACAGUUAUGGAAGCCUGUACUACCGAAAAGACAUUGAAGAUGGUCUUGAUGUUCCUGGACUCGUUGAUCGAUUUUGCAUCGGUCCCAGCUACGAAGCACGAUUCUGGGAGGAGGAGAGGAGAUCAAUGGACUAUUAUAGAGGUCCCUGGAUUUCAUCCGAGGCAUAUGUGAAAGAUAUCGCGAGGCGGGAGAGGGAAUGGAUCCUGCGAUUUGCAAAGCCCCAUCAAUUAGAAGACCCUCAAAGACAGCCAUACACUCAAGAGUCUCCUCGUUGGCAUGCAGAACUGCUUGACCGAUAUCUGAAGAUGGUAUCUAACUUGAUGCCACCCCAUAAGGGCCUACAUCGGUCGGUACUUUGGCACCCCGAUCUACAGGACAGUAAUAUAUUUGUCGAACAAAACCGGAUUGUAAGCAUCAUUGGUUGGCAAGGCGGUUCAAGUCUUCCAAUAUACUAUGCAUGCGAAGUACCCAGGUUUCUGCAAAUAGAUAUCACGUCUUCUCUCAACCUGAUUCUGACUGCAAGACUAACAUCGCAAGAAAGAAAGGAGAGUCGACGGAGAAACCCGCUCACACAGCUUCAAGAGUUCUAUAUUUCCAAAUUUCAGGAACUUGACAACGAUGUCUUCUCUGCACUGUCGUUUCCUCAAGCUUUGACUCGACAGCGACUCAUUCAUUCUGCAGGAUACACGUGGGAAGAUGAUGGGCUAAUCGUGUUUCUGGAGCUGCAGCAGCAAGCGAGGCGUGAAUGGACCGAGCUAACAGGCCUGCCACUGAGCUCUUGUCCUGUCAGAUCCGACGAAAAUAAAGAGUUUCCUCACUGUAAUGAUAGAAAUAGUUUGGCCGGUCGCCGAGUUGUCUUCCACCUCCUCGGAAUCCCUCGGGAUGGCUGGGUACAUCGCAAAGACUUUGAGGCCAAGGUAGAGGUGAUGCGGAAUCUAGCGGGCUCUAUCAUCAAAUCAGCCACAGAUAAGGACGACGCGAAACGAGCACUACGAUCUUGGAAGCUAUCGGAAUCCGGGCCCGCCAGUCUAUCAGGAAACCAAAUGGUUUUCUAG